CCCAAAACCUAAUAACAAAGCUUCACACUCUUUCUCUCUCUUUAUCUCUCUCUCUUUUAACUAAACACUAAAAAGUUAUCGAUCCUUUCUCUAUUCUCAAAACUCAACGCUAAAUCAAACGCACACAAGAAAAAAAACCCUAAUGGAAUCGGUGGAUUCCGGGUCACAACGAUCCGACCCGGUAAGAGGAGACGACCCGGCAGGUCCAUCUUUCGUCUCUUCGCCACCGGCUACGCCUAGCAGGUAUGAGUCACAGAAGCGUCGCGACUGGAACACCUUCUUGCAGUACCUCAAGAACCACAAGCCGCCUCUCGCCCUGUCACGGUGUAGCGGAGCGCACGUGAUCGAGUUCCUCAAGUACCUUGAUCAGUUCGGCAAGACCAAAGUCCACGUGGCGGCUUGUCCUUACUUCGGCCAUCAGCAGCCUCCGUCUCCUUGCUCCUGCCCUCUCAAGCAAGCCUGGGGAUCUCUCGAUGCUCUCAUCGGACGGCUGAGAGCUGCCUACGAGGAGAACGGUGGACGGCCCGAUUCGAACCCGUUCGCCGCACGUGCGGUCAGGAUUUACUUGAGGGAAGUCAGAGAGAGUCAGGCCAAGGCCCGCGGGAUCCCUUACGAGAAAAAGAAACGGAAACGCCCACCAACUGUCACCACCGUUAGACUUGACGUCGCUUCUUCCAGACAAAGUGACGGCGACGCUUGUAACGUCGUCGGUGCUCCGUCUGUCCCCGUACCACCUUAAUUAAAUUAUAUAUAUAUACUCUAUAGUAUAUUAUUAUAGGGUUUUCUUUGGUUUAUAAAUUAUAUAUACAAUUAUUUAUAUAUAUGGUCUGUAUGGAACUCACACUCAACCUUCCUUUGUUCCAAGGUAACUGAUUAUUAAUCUUUUCUUUGAGUUGAUCGUGAAAACAUAUACUAUAUAUUAAAACAGAGAAUGGAUCGGAGGUUUUUAACUGUAUUUUAUUUUUAGUUCAUUGGAUCUUUAAUUUGAUGCAGUAUAAUGUCUUGAUUUUAGUUUCUUGUAAAAUCGGACCACACACUUUCAAAGACUAAUGCGGGUUUUUUCUCAUAUAAUAUACUUUCUAUAUGAAUUAUGUGUUGGUCUUACUUUUCGAUUCUGAUUAAAACGUUAUCAUUGAAACACAAUCACGAGAUUUGAUUUUUAAUAUAAUAUAUUUUCUAUAUGAAUUAUGUAUAGAUCAUAAACUUACUUUUCUAAUCAACUGGUAUCUUGGUAAUAACCAUGAGAAUUCAAUUUAAAAAUUUCUUGAAGAGUUUAGAGAUCAUCAGCGAAGAAGAAGAACCGAAGAGACUGAUUAAGUUAAGCGACAGAUGAAAAAAGAGAGGUGCAGUUGUUCAGCCUUGCGUUGCGUAUAUACGUUUUUUGUUUGUUGUUGUUGAUCAAAAAAUAUAUAUACGACGUUGAUUAGUCUGUGCAGGUAUAUAACGUAUACAAAUCACAUUACUAACUA